AUGAUUACUUCAAAAAAUUUAGCUACCCCGGCCCAGGUUCGGCUUGUAUAUGCCGUUUUGAAAGUGUCCAAAAACACCUUUCAAAAAAAUUCUAAAAAUGUAUGCUGUAUGCAUGUUUUCACUGUUUUCAACUAUUUAGAAACGCUCGUAUCUACUUUUAGAGAUUUUUAUUUUUGGAAAAUUUUAAAUUUUUUGCUAGGGCAUUUUUCGGCAAAAGUUUCAAAACGUCAUAACUUUGCUGAAAUUGUUUUAGAAGCAAUCAUCGUUAGCUUUCUUCCAUCGAAAAAUUACUAUGGCAUGUCGGUGUCUCCGAGACUAAAUUUAAAGCUUUUCCUUGUAAUCCUAUAUUAG